GAGAUGGAAACCUUGGUGUCAUGACAGGUUCUGCUGUAAAGCACCCAUGUCAUACAGAUAGCAAAGGUAGUUCCUUCUGCUGGCCUUUGUAUGUGGACCACCUUUGUCCUGUUCAGCCCAUAUAAAUUGUGACUUAAAUGUAGGCUCUCAGUCUAGUGUAAAGCUGAUGGGUGGGAGCAAAGGUAAAGAAUGAUGUAAUGCAGCAGCAGCCAGAAAGCAUCUUUUGUGUGAAUUGUGAAAUGGCUACUCCGUAGUCAUCUCCCGAUGAAUCAGACGUGAGGGGCCGCUUUGUGGAGCCAACCCUUUGUACAUCAACUGGAAGCAGGAGGAGACAUUCAGUCCAAGAGCUCUUUCUGAAAAUGGAUUUAACUUUUCUUUUGCCAGUCACUACCAGCAUGACCUCAUACACUUCUAGUACAAUGGUGUGGCUAAGCCUUUGAGUACACAGCCAUUACAUCACCGCAGCAAAUUAGAGAGGGAGGUGGGGAGCGAGGCCCCGUUGUUAUCAUGGCCGAUGAGAUGAUCAGGACCCAAGUCAUUGCCGCCGAGAAGCUGGUGGCUCUGCUGGAGAGUGGGACAGAGAGGCUGCUGCUGAUUGAUAGCCGCCCCUUUGUGGAGUACAACACCUCCCACGUCCUGGAUGCCAUCAACAUCAACUGCUCCAAGCUCAUGAAGCGCCGGCUGCAGCAGGACAAAGUUUUGAUCACAGAGCUCAUUCAGCAUUCAGCAAAACACAAGAUUGAAAUUGAUUGCAAGCAGGAAGUGGUGGUGUAUGACCAAAGCUCUAAAGAUGUGACCUCUCUCUCAUCUGACUGCUUUCUUACUGUGCUCCUGGGCAAACUGGAGAAGAAUUUCAGCUCUGUGUAUCUCCUUUCAGGUGGAUUUGCUGAGUUCUCCAGCUCUUUCCCUGGUCUCUGUGAAGGAAAAUCCACACUCAUCCCUACUUGCAUUUCUCAACCCUGCCUCCCUGUUUCCAACACUGGCCCAACUAGAAUCCUGCCUCAUCUCUACCUUGGGUGUCAGCGAGACGUCCUCAACAAGGAGCUGAUGCAGCAGAAUGACAUUGGCUACGUCCUGAAUGCCAGCAAUACUUGUCCAAAGCCUGAUUUUAUUCCAGAAUCCCAUUUCCUUAGAGUGCCUGUGAAUGACAGCUUUUGUGAGAAAAUUUUGCCUUGGUUGGAUAAAUCAGUUGAUUUUAUAGAAAAAGCAAAAGCAUCCAAUGGUCAUGUGUUGGUGCAUUGUUUAGCUGGGAUAUCUCGCUCUGCCACAAUUGCCAUUGCAUACAUCAUGAAAAGAAUGGAUAUGUCCUUGGAUGAAGCUUACAGAUUUGUGAAAGAAAAGCGACCAACCAUUUCUCCCAACUUCAACUUCCUGGGCCAGCUUCUGGACUUCGAGAAGAAGAUCAAGAACCAGAGCGCUCAGCCGGGCCACAUCAGCAAGCUGAAGCUGCUGCACGUGGAGAAGAGCAGCGAGCAGGUGCCGGCGCUGGAGGGGGGCCCGGGCGGCCUCUCCGGCAGCCAGCUCUGCCCCUGCGCCCAAGGAGAGCUGCGGGAGCCCCGGGCCGCGGACGGGCACCCGGCCCCGCCGGAGGACGGCCCGCUGCUGCAGGGCAUCAAUGGGCUGCACGUCUCCCUGCAGGACAAGGUGGAAGACAGCAAGCGCCUGAAGAGCUCCUUUUCCUUGGAUAUCAAAUCCGUCUCCUACUCGGCGAGCAGCAGCUGCGUGACCGCCUCGGUGCAGGGCUUCGCCUCCUCCGAGGACACGCUGGAGUACUACAAACACGCGGCCGGGCUGGAGGGCAGCAGCAAGCUGUGCCAGUUCUCGCCCGUGCAGGAGGUGUCGGAGCAGAGCCCCGAGAGCAGCCCCGGCAAAGAGGAGGCGGCGGCGCGGCCGCGGGGGGGGGGGGGGGGGGGGGGGGGGGGGGGGGGGGGCAGCGUGGAGGACACCUGCAGAACGGGCUUCGUCUUCGGGCUCUCCAGCAGCCAGCAGCACCUGGCCAAGUCCGCCGCGGGGCUGGGCCUCAAGGGCUGGCACUCGGACAUCCUGGCCCCGCAGCCCUCUUCCCUCGCCAACAGGGGCCAGCUGCCGUCGGGCGGUGAGCCGCCCAGCGCCGUGCGCCGCCGGCCGCGCCAGCCCGACCGCGGCGACUCGCGGCGCAGCUGGCACGAGGAGAGCUCCUUCGAGAAGCAGUUCAAGCGCAGGAGCUGCCAGAUGGAGUUCGGGGACAGCAUCCUGGUGGACAACAGAUCCAGAGAGGAACUGGGCAAAGUAGGCAGUCAGUCAAGUUUUUCAGGCAGCAUGGAAAUCAUUGAAGUGUCCUGAGGGGCGGAGGAGGCUCGUGUGACUGUGGCAGAGCUGCUUCCCCUUCCAGGCCGCUCCCCCAGCCUGUGAGAGGUCCCUGUAAAUCUGAAACUUUGGGUAAAAAGGUGGGGGGAGGGAAGAAAUGGAGGCUUUGCUGUGAGCCAGGGAAAGGUUGGUACUGCAGGGAAGUGACCAUGGCCUCUGCCCGAGGAGACCAGGUGUGCUGCUGGGCAUUCCUCCUCCCCUCCCCGGGAGAAGGGCGGAACAUUUCACAGACCUUUCCCUGUCAGAGAAGCAACUCUAUGCAAUGGAUUGCACAUCCUUUCGGUGGCUUUUAACAAGGAAGCUCUCUCGGUGUCAAACCCUUUCUGUGGUUCCACUGAACCACGCUCCUGCCUGUCAGAACUAGUUUUGUUCUCCCCUCCCCAUACCCCACGUCUUCACCAGUGCACCUUAGCCCUGACACUGAGCCAACCUCUGGAGGGAGACCUUUUUCCUCUAACAAAAGGAGAGUGGGAGCGAUUCCAAAGGCCAUAGGGACCGGUUGCAGCAAGGCUGGUCUGAACACUCUGUUCAGACAAAUGUAAAUACUGGUGUAACUAUUGUUCUAAUGGAUAGGCUUUAGGUGAUUCGCUAGAGAACUGCUUCAGAGAAAAAAAAAAACAACAAAAAACCAGUACCUCAAAAAUACACAAAAUAAACUAGGGCUUUAUGGCUGCCACAUGCUGGUAGUCAAUUCAUAAGCAAUGU